AUAUUAUAACCCAAAUUCCCAAAUAGCCUUCGUAACAAAAACCCACCCACAGGAACCUCAAUCCAAUAACAAAUUCGAUUCUCCAAAUCAUGAAUUAGCCUUCACACCCUUCAAUUCCGAAAAACCCCCAAUUAUCAUUUUCCAUUAAUGGACGAUCACAACAUUCCGGAUCACAAGCUCUGCGGUUAUGUAUGCAUUGUUCUUUCAAUUUCACCUUCUGAUAAUCGUAAUCAGAUCGUCCACAAUGCGAUUACACAAACCCUAAGCAUCGAUAGUUCACGAGUUGGAUCGGAAUUAGGUUUUGUAACGUCGAACGGCGUCGUUCUGUCGUUGAUAAAUUCGGACGGUGAAGGUACGAGUAAGCAGCAGCGAAAAGUUCAGAGAUCGGAGAAGAAGUUGAGGAAGUUAGGGUUAGUGCAGGGGAGUGUGAGUGUGGUGCAUCAGAUUCAGGCGUUGGUGAAUAGCAAGUGUGUGGAGGUGGUUUCUAGAGUGGUGAGAGUUUUAAAACGAGAUGGUGGAGGUGAGGUUAGGGCUGUGGUGGUGGUUGAUGUGUAUUUGCCGAUUGCGGUGUGGUCCGGAUGGCAGUUUCCGCGGUCGAAGUCGACUGCUGCAGCUCUGUUUCGUCAUUUGAGUUGUGAUUGGCAAGCGAGGGACAGGAUGUUGAAUUUUGACAAAUCUGAUCUCGAUAUUGAUCGUAUAUGGAAUAUUUCAGAUUGCCAUGUUCUUGGAUGCAACCAGCAUUGUAAUGCACCCGAUGCAAGUCGGAAAAAACUCUUCGAACUUCACGAGAUCUUUAGCAGUCUACCUAGCGUGUCAACGCAAGGAAAUCUCGUCCAUUCCAGCGUAAAUCCCGCAGAUGACGGUUCCACAACUGGUUUUUGGCUUUUUCCAGAUGAUGUUCUGAUUAAUAUUUUAACCGCACUUGACCCUCUUGAACUUCUUAGGGUUUCCUCUACUUGUAGGCAUCUAAGACUAUUAGCAUCAACGAUAAUGCCGUCUAUGAAGCUUAAACUUUAUCCCCAUCAACAGUCAGCAGUCGAGUGGAUGUUAAAACGAGAGCGAGACCCGGAAACUUUUUCAAAUCCGAUGUACAUGAAAUUCGAAACCAAAGACGGAUUUAAUUUCAGUAUAAACAUCGUUUCCGGACAAAUCCUAAUCGGCACCGUUCCUACGAUUCGAGACUUUCGCGGGGGUAUGUUUUGUGACGAACCCGGGCUAGGUAAGACUAUUACCGCAUUGUCGCUGAUUUUGAAAACUUUAGGAACUCUUGCGGACCCGCCAGAAGGGGUAGAAAUAAUCUGGUGUAAGCAAAAAGAUGACCAGAAAUGUGGCUAUUAUGAGCUUGGCGGUGAUAGCGUCAGCUGUGGUAGUGUGCUCACCGCUAAAAAGACCUCAUCGGGUCGUACUGGUCGAAGAGGGCUUAGAUGUAUGGAGGAAUCGAAGUUGAAUUCUUCCGAGAAGGAACCGACACUGUGUUUCACAGCUGAAUCUAGUACGGUUCAGUGCACCCGAAGCUGGACGGUUAAGAGAAAUCUUCUGAAUGAAUAUGAUGAUGAUAACAAUGAUGAUUCACCAUCAUUUGUACUAUCAAGAAAAUUACAAAAGAGACAUAAAAAGGCAACUGGAGACUACGUUCAACUUAACGAAAUGUGGGUUCAGUGUGAUGCUUGUCGAAAAUGGCGGAAGCUAGUGGAUUCACAAUUCACAGAUUCUUCGGCUGCGUGGUUUUGUAGUAUGAACACCGAUCCUUCUUACCAGAGUUGUAAGGUUCCCGAAGAGCCUUUUGACACUCAUCAUUCGGUAACAUACUUGCCUGGAUUUUACACCAAAGGUACUAAACAAGGGAAAGAGGAAAACGUUUCGUUUUUUGCUAGUGUUCUGAAAGAGCACUAUUCAUCGAUUGAUAAGGAUACUGAACAGGAGUUAUUUUGGUUGGCUAAACUAACACAAGAUAAACUUUUAAAAAUGGAAACAACUGGAUUAGUCCACCCUUUAACCGGAACUCGCGUGCUAGCCACUGGCGAAGUUCGCGGUUUUCAUAAAAUUUUUAAAGCGUUCGGUUUAGUAAAAAAGUUAUACAAGGAAACAAUAAGUUGGCACUAUCCGAAAAAUUUAGUCAACCUAGCUUUCGAUGUAGCUGCACUCAAAAUCGCUCUCUGUGAGCCGCUUGAUUCGGUCAGAUUCUAUUUAUCCCGGGCAACGUUAAUUGUAGUUCCGGCGAAUCUGGUUGACCAUUGGAAGAAUCAAAUUCAAAGGCAUGUGAAAUCCGGUCAGUUGCGUGUGUAUGUAUGGGCUGAUCAUAAGAAGCCUUUGGUGCAUAAUAUCGCAUGGGAUUAUGAUGUGGUUAUUACUACUUUCAGUCGUUUAAGCGCCGAGUGGAGCCCGAAAAAGCGAAGUGUUUUGAUGCAAGUUCACUGGCUCAGAGUUAUGUUCGAUGAAGGGCAUACACUUGGGUCGAGUUUGAAUUUGACUAACAAGUUACAGUUAUCGGUUUCUUUGACCGCUUCUAACCGUUGGUUGUUGACCGGAACACCGACUCCAAAUACUCCAAACAGUCAACUCUCGAAUCUUCAACCCAUGCUUAAGUUCCUCCGUGAAGAAGCGUAUGGAUUGGAUCAAAGUUCGUGGGAAUCCGGCAUUCUUAGGCCAUUUGAGGCGAAAAUGGAAGAGGGUCGAACGCGAUUAUUACAGUUACUCAGUCGGUGCAUGAUAAGUGCUAGAAAAAAAGACUUACGAAUGAUUCCUCCCUGCAUUAAAAAGGUUACUUUUAUUAACUUUAACGAAGAGCAUGCGAAAAGUUACAAUGAGUUAGUGGUUACGGUGCGGAGGAAUAUACUAAUGGCUGACUGGAAUGAUCCUUCACAUGUUGAGAGUUUGCUGAAUCCGAAGCAAUGGAAGUUCAGAAGCACUACGAUCAGAAACGUGCGGCUAUCUUGCUGUGUUGCUGGACAUAUAAAAGUAACCGAAGCCGGACAAGAUAUUCAGGAAACAAUGGAUAUCUUGGUGGAAAAUGGUUUGGAUCCUGCUUCCGAGGAAUAUUCUUUCAUAAGAUAUAACAUUUUAUUCGGUGGAAACUGUAUGAGAUGUGACGAGUGGUGUCGCUUACCUGUCAUAACACCAUGUAGGCAUCUAUUGUGUCUGGAUUGUGUGGCUUUAAAUAGUGAAAAGUGUACAUUCCCCGGCUGUGACAAUUUAUACGAGAUGCAAAGUCCCGAAACGUUAGCCCGUCCUGAAAACCCCAAUCCAAAGUGGCCCGUUCCGAAGGAUCUGAUCGAGUUACAGCCCUCCUACAAACAGGACGACUGGAAUCCUGAUUGGCAGUCAACCUCCAGCAGUAAAGUUUCAUAUCUAGUGGAGAAGCUGAAAGAUCUGCAGGAAGCUAAUAAAAAAACGGAGAACCGUAUCAGUGCGGACAACGAUGCAAAAGAGAUCGAUGAACUUCUGUCUCCUGUUAGGAGAAGCGAGGCUUCUGCUAGAUCUAACAACAGAUCUCUAGAGAAAGUGCUAAUAUUUUCUCAGUUUCUUGAGCAUAUACAUGUUAUUGAACAGCAGUUGAUGGUUGCUGGCAUCAAAUUCGUGGGAAUGUACAGUCCAAUGCAUUCUGUUAACAAGGUGAAAUCACUGGCUACCUUCCAGCAUGAUGAUGAGUGUCUGGCUCUUCUGAUGGACGGAAGUGCAGCGCUUGGUCUUGAUCUGAGUUUUGUGACGCAUGUCUUUCUGAUGGAGCCCAUUUGGGAUAAAAGCAUGGAAGAGCAGGUGAUCAGUCGGGCUCACAGGAUGGGUGCUACACGACCUAUCCAUGUAGAAACUUUGGCUAUGCAUGGUACAAUUGAAGAACAGAUGUUGAAAUUCUUGCAGGAUACUGCUGAAUGUGGAGAGUUGUUGAAGGAAGAGUAUGUGCAUGAGGGUGCUCGAGCUCGACGAACAUUACAUGAUUUUGCUGAAAGCAAUUAUCUGGCUCAACUCGGUUUUGUGCGAAAAUGUAGUAAAAAUUAAGGCGCUUGAAUAACUGUAAAUAACCCAUGACUCAGUGGUUUAAUUGUGGAAAUAUUCUUCAGUGGGCACUAUUGGCUAAUCCUAGUCUGGCUGAUGAUGAUUAUGUUGAUUUAAUCUUGAAACUGUGUAUUGCCUGAUGGAUCUGCAGUCUCAUAUGAUAAUUACCAUUUAUUUUUGUUUCUCUCUAGCAUUUUACUUUAUGUAACGGGAUGACUUUUGGUCUACUAAUUGUUAACUUUUAUAAAUUUUAAUUGCAUCUUUUAGUUAAACAUCU